AUGAAGUCCGCCAUCAUUCCUCUGGCCAUUGCCACCAAGCUCGCCGUUGCCAACCCCAUCAACGCGCGUCAAGCCUCCGACGCCCCGGCCUUCACUUCCGCCGCAGAUGCCCUCAUUUCGGCCUACAUUCCCACCGACCAGUGGGACUCCCUGACCUCGGCCUUCGGCUCCGCCGCUAGCGCUGCCGGCGUCACCGGGGACCUCAAGUCCUACGUCUACUCCGUCCUCAAGGCCACCAGCACCCCCAACUGGUUCGCCGCGGCGAUCCCAACCCAAUAUACCAGCCAGUACGGCGCCCUUGAGUCCGCCAUUGAGAGCCUCCGCCCUACUGCCGCCCCGGCUGGUACCCCCGUGCCUACCGUCAUCGCCGUCACCACCACCAACGCGGACGGCAGCACCAUCACCACCGAGAUCUCCGCCACGGUCACUCCCAUCCCGACCACAAUCAUCACCGAUGUCGUCCCCACGCUGUCCCCCAGCGUCGUCACUGGCACCGACUCCGCCGGCAGCGACUUCACCUCAACAGUCCUGAACACCGGAACCGAGUCUGUCACUGGAACUCCCGACGCCACUGCUACCACCACUACUUCCGAGACCGCCACCGUGACUGAAAGCGGCGCCGAGUCCAGCGGCGCUUCCGCCACUGAUGCUUCAGGCUCCGCCACACCCUCCUCGACCGAGGCCCCCAACGCUGCCCCGACUGCCAUGGUUCACGGCCUCGCUGGUGUUGCCGCUGCUGUUGUCGGUCUCGUCAUGGCCUUUUAA